AUGAACAUAUCCAUUCAGGAAGAAUUCGACACUAAUAAUGUAGAAUGGAGUGUUUGGAAGUGUGGUCGGUUUAUACGCUUCAUCCAACAAAAUCCAAAAGUCAAUCAAAUUGAAAAAGAUCCCAUGGAUGAACAUAAAUUCCUACCAAAAUAUCUCGAGCUAGUUAUUGCUCAAGACAAAGAGUAUUAUAUAUGGGAGACAAAAAGUCUCGAUGACAUGCUGAUUGCGAUUUUUCGGUUUUUACAAAAAUACUAUCCUCAUCAACUUAUUUUGUCCGCUAUUCAUCAAGAAAAAAUUGAAGAGUGGGAAAAAGAACUUCCAAAAUAUAUAAGCGAUGAGAACACAAGCACAAAAGAAGCAAAAUUGCAGGAUAAACUUAUAAAGGAAAUCAAUAUAAAGUGGCUUCCAGGAUUUAAAUAUUUAUACGAAUUCGAAUACCAACGUGGAAAUGAUCGAGGAGAUUUGAUUUUUGCAAAUGAUUAUGGAAUUCUUGUAGUUAUUGAAACAAAAAUACUUGGAUAUGUUCUGCCGCAAAUAGUCAAAAACUUAAAUAAAGUAAAGGAGCACAGAACUCCACGAUUUAUUCGGACAAACCAAUUAGGAAAGUGUUAUCAAAAUUGGUUUUGUAUUCCGAAAGAUGAAGAAAAGACAUUUCAUUGGUAUAAGAAAGCCGCAACCGCCGGGAAUUCCGAAGGUAGGACAAUUUAUGUUGGCGCAAUCAAAAUGGCUUUGGUGUUUUAA